UUUUGUUCUUAAUCUGAUUGAAAUUUCUUUUCCUAAAUUACAUUAAACUUAUAAAAUGUCCUCUGCAACAUUCUGUCGGUGUUGCCUGGUCCGUCCGCCCGAUAAAGACUUAAAAACCAUGCACAUCUUCCUUGGGAAACCUGAGAUAUAUUGUGAUAUGUUGAAGGAAUGUUUUGAGAUUCUUUUAUCUUCAGGUAAUCGAGAAGGCGACAGUGGUAUAUGUGAAAUGUGCAUAACACGUCUCCGUGACGCUACUGACUUCAAGAAACAGGUGGAGCAGUGCGAGAAGGAGUUCCAGAUGCAAAUAGCACUUGGUCAUCAGCUCAAAAAUUGCAAAGAUGAUAUGGACAAAGUGAAGGAGGAAGUUCCAGAUCCUGAUGAUGAGAAUGGCAUCUAUUUUCUCGAGAUCAAAGAUGAGCUAUCGGACUUUGAAAAUUUGAAAGACGAUGAGGAUAAAAAAUUAGCUGAGAUGCUGGGAUACACAGAUGUCAGUAUCAAGAAGAAAUCUGCCAAGAGACGCAACAAGAAACUAGGUCUUGAGAAGACCGGCACUGAUAUCAAAGAAGAGUUAUCAGAUUUUGAAGAUUUGAAAGAUGAGGAUGACAAAAAGCUGGCAGAGAUGCUGGGCUUUGCAGAUGUUGCAAUCAAGAGAAAGUCGAAAAGACGCAACAAGUUACUUGGACUCGAGAAGACCAAUUCUGACCGGAAAUCCAAAAAACUGCUCACCAAACCACUCAAGAUUUCAUUUCGCGCGCUCUCCCAAAUGGACAAACUAAAAAACCCCGUCUCCGUAGCGUCAAGUCUUCGUUACGUUAGCGAGAAAAAGCAACACAAAGCAAACAUAUACAACAUUCUCAAGUAUUCGAACUGUACGCCAUUUUCAAGCAAAACCCUAGCUGGCAUCGUCUGCGCGUACUGUAAAGACACUCAUCCAAAUCCUGAAGCUUUAAGAACUCACAUCCAGGAAGCACACCAAGAUGACGACUUAAACGCCAACAAAAGAAUAGACAAGAACAACAUGUCCUUAAAAGUAGACAUAACAGAUUUAAAAUGCAAUAUAUGUAGUGCAAAAACACCAACAAUAUCAGAUCUAAAGAUGCACCUAACGAAGGAACACGACAUAAAAUUCUAUUUAGAUAUAAACGAUUACAUAUUGGAAUUCAAAUUGACUGAUGGCGAAAUGAUGAAUUGUGCGUUAUGUCAUUCAACAUACGAAACUUUUAAAAUGUUACUCCAACAUAUGAACGGUCAUUAUAGGAAUUAUAUAUGCGAAGUUUGCGAUCUAGGUUUCAUAAAUAAACACAGAUUAAAAAACCACCAGCGCACCCACGAACUUGGGACUUUCAAAUGCGCAUUCUGCGAGAAAGUGUUCAGUACGAGAGUUAAGAAGAUGUGCCAUGAGAAAUAUACGCACAACACAAGCGCUAGAUACACAACGAACUGUCCGCAUUGUGACCAAUCCUUCACAAGUUAUUAUCAACGGAAUCGGCAUAUGUUUAACGAACAUAACACCGUCGCUGCAUCGUACAAGUGCAAUAUAUGUGAUAAAUCGUUCAUAUUAAAGUCUAAACUGACCUCGCAUAUUAAAAAAGUGCAUUUGAUGGAACGUAAUCAUAAAUGCGCGGAAUGUGGUCAGGGAUUCUUUAUAAAGCAAUCGUUGGAUGAACAUAUGAUUAAGCAUACUGGCGAGCGUGUGUAUAAGUGUAUGGUCUGUCAGAAAGCAUAUGCACGCAAGAAAACGCUAAGGGAACAUAUGCGUAUCCAUAAUAAUGAUAGGAGGUUCAAAUGCGGUAUGUGCGGACUGGCGUUCGUUCAAAAAUGCAGUUUAAAGAGUCAUAUGUUGUCGAAUCAUGGCAUAACUCUAUCAGAGUAUGAAAAUAUGACACAUGAUUAGUUUAAAAAGUUAAUAUUCGUGUGUGGAACUAUGUAUCGGGCGUUUAAGGUUGCUGAUAUACAGUCGGUUAGUCUUCAGGUUGCCCAAAUAAUGUUUCGAUGUAAUCUGAUUGGCGCAUUUGGUUUCACGCCCCACCUACUUUGGAGACGGUCUAACAUGGUGUUUGAGUACCCUGACGACCGACUGAAUGCCAGAAUCAUUAGGGUGGUCAUAUACAUACUUAGUUGUCAGGUUGAAAAACAAUUAAGACAUAAGCUUUCAAAUUAAAAGUUUAUUUUUGUUUGAUACAGUUUAUUAAGCAUGUGAUUAUAGGAACUAAAACGACCGAACAAUGGCAGGUUUACUCAAAGACCCAAAAACACAGUAAGAAUAUAUUUCUUUAAUAUAUAAAAAUAAUGAUUAUAUUAAUCAGUUGUAAAUUUAUACUAAUUUUUUUUCAUUUCCAACACCGAAUAUGAAAAAACUACUAAAAAUUAAGAUAGAUCUAAUAUAAGAACAAUCAUGUAAUAUAGUUUUUACUUAACGUUGAUAAUGGAAUGAUGCACCCGCUUAUGCUAACAGUAUACGCUGGUGGUAUACCAGUGGAGGAUGAUAAGAUGACCAUGAAGUUAAGUCACAUAGACAAUCGUGGAUCCAGCAGGAAUUUAACCAUAAUGGUUUUCAGUGGAAACCGCUAGCUAGCUAAUUUUACUAGCGAGGGGGCCAAUAUGUAAUUACUAAAGUCCGUCAGCUUAGAGCUUGCGUUUCCGACACGUCGAGAUCGAAUGGGCGAUGUAACUUUGAACUGCCGUACUUUUUACGGCUAUAUAUUGUAUAUCUUUUAUUUGCCUUAUUAACAAGUCAUAACAUUAAAAAUUUAAUCAUUAUUCCACAUUACAAUAAACAUAUUCAAUUUGAGCUAAAAUUAUUAACUACUUAACAAAUAUAAAAACAAUAGUUUUUAAAGUCAAACCACAUCAAACUGCGCUGUUUGUUUUUGAUUACUAUUUAAUUUUUAAUGUUAUCACUCGUUAAUAAGACAAAAGAUAUUCAUUUUGCCGUAAAUUGUAUGUCAGUUCAAAGUUACAUCGGCCAUUCGAUCUAGACCUGUCAGAAAUGCAACCUCUGAUCGGCCGGACGUUAAUAACCCCCUUCCCAGAUGUAUUAUAUUACUGAGAGUCCUAAAAAGUCUUCAAUAUUGUUCUUCCAAGUUGUAUAUAUUUUGCAAAACUCUAGA